AUUCUCCGCCGAAGUUGGCGCCAGCGCCCGCAGCCGCAUUGGAUCCCAGCGCCUACUGCGAGACUCCGGUGUACAACCCGGAUCUCUGCCCCAACAUGAUCGCGGCGCAGGCCAAGCUGGUCUACCACCUCAACAAGUACUACAACGAGAAGUGCCAGGCGCGCAAGGCGGCCAUCGCCAAGACCAUCCGCGAGGUCUGCAAGGUCGUCUCCGACGUGCUCAAGGAGGUGGAGGUGCAGGAGCCGCGCUUCAUCAGCUCGCUCAACGAGAUGGACAACCGCUACGAGGGCCUCGAGGUCGUCUCGCCCACCGAGUUCGAGGUGGUGCUCUACCUCAACCAGAUGGGCGUCUUCAACUUCGUGGACGACGGCUCGCUGCCCGGCUGCGCCGUGCUCAAGCUGAGCGACGGGCGCAAGCGGAGCAUGUCCCUCUGGGUGGAGUUCAUCACCGCCUCGGGCUACCUCUCGGCGCGCAAGAUCCGCUCCCGCUUCCAGACGCUGGUGGCGCAGGCCGUGGACAAGUGCAGCUACCGGGACGUGGUGAAGAUGGUGGCCGACACCAGCGAAGUGAAACUGCGGAUCCGAGACCGGUACGUGGUGCAGAUCACGCCGGCGUUCAAGUGCACGGGCAUCUGGCCCCGGAGCGCCGCGCACUGGCCGCUGCCCCACAUCCCCUGGCCGGGCCCCAACCGGGUGGCCGAGGUCAAGGCGGAGGGCUUCAACCUCCUGUCCAAGGAGUGCCACUCCCUGGCCGGCAAGCAGAGCUCGGCCGAGAGCGACGCCUGGGUGCUGCAGUUCGCGGAGGCGGAGAACAGGCUGCAGAUGGGGGGCUGCCGGAAGAAAUGCCUUUCCAUCCUCAAAACCCUGCGGGACCGCCACCUAGAGCUGCCCGGCCAGCCCCUGAACAACUACCACAUGAAGACGCUGGUCUCCUACGAGUGCGAGAAGCAUCCCCGGGAGUCGGACUGGGACGAGUCCUGCCUGGGGGACCGGCUGAACGGGAUUUUGCUGCAGCUCAUCUCCUGCCUGCAGUGCCGGAGGUGCCCCCACUACUUCCUACCCAACCUAGAUCUGUUCCAGGGCAAACCUCACUCGGCCCUGGAGAACGCUGCCAAGCAAACGUGGCGCCUGGCGCGGGAGAUCCUGACCAACCCAAAAAGUUUGGAGAAACUUUAGACGGGG